UCGUAGCGUGCCUGUGCGAAUGCUCGCAGCUUCUAAGCGCUCGUUUUAACAACCUCCCACUGGGGGCGCUCGCGCGCCUCGUACCCCGCCAUCUCCUGCCUUACAAUGUCUAACCCGCUGGACUGGCCCUGUUCCCUGGAUAUGGCAAGUGUAUCGACUAAGGAUCCUCUUUCCCAAGAACGCUAACACAGGCGCUGUCCUCUGAGGCUCUGCAUGACUUUAUUCUUCAAAUGCCUUUUCCUUUCCAAUAGCUCCAGGGACCCUCCCUCCAUUCUGCAGAUCCAGGACAGUGUGAUGCUCUCCAGGUGAUCAGCUUCUGGAUCACCACUUCCUAGUCUGGAGAGGGGAGACCCAGGGGCAGCAGGGGUGACCAUCAGGAAGAUAUCUAAAGAAAUGAUACAGCAAAGAAGAGAAGCUGGGGGGAAACAGACUUGCAAAGACCAGAUCAAGAAAGGAUCAGAUAAAGAGGAGGGAUUCUGAAGUUGACUGCGUCACGCGGGUCACAGAAGGUCGAUCAUGCAGCAUAAAAACUGGAGACUGAAAGGCCCCACGCUUGACCAGCCCGCGGACAGGACAGCAAGCCAUCUGCGCAACACACAAGAUUCGGGUUCUGGCAGGGUGCAAGCUUCUCAGGGCGAACGAGUCCCUUCCCCUCCACUCCCCUUGGAUGCCUACAGGCUCAAGGAGCGAUGCUGAAUAAAAAUACCCAUUUCGCCACCUCCACCCCGCCCACACUGGAUCCCUUUCUGGGGUGAAAAGGAACCUCCAGCCACCCUAUCCCAUGGCCAAGGGUAUCGUCCCUGUGGAAGACCAGGCAGGAAUUCAAAGCCUGAAGCUGGGGCUAGAUCCUCUGCUGUCCCCAUCAUGGUCAAUGACCCACCAGUACCUGCCUUCCUGUGGGCCCAGGAAGUAGGCCACGUCUUGGCAGGCCGGGCCCGCAGGCUGUUGCUGCAGUUUGCUGUGCUCUUCUGCACCGUCCUCCUGUUGCUCUGGGUGUCUGUGUUCCUCUAUGGCUCUUUCUACUACUCCUACAUGCCAACCGUCAGCCACCUCAGCCCCGUGUAUUUCCACUACAGGACAGACUGUGAGUCCUCUGCCGCCUCACUCUGCUCCUUCCCUGUUGCCAAUGUCUCGCUGGCUAAGAGUGGACGUGAUCGGGUGCUGAUGUACGGACAACCAUAUCGAGUCACCCUAGAGCUUGAAAUGCCAGAAUCCCCUGUGAAUCAAGAUUUGGGCAUGUUCUUAGUCACUGUUUCAUGCUAUACCCGAGGUGGCCGAGUCAUCUCUACAUCUUCCCGCUCGGUGAUGCUGCAUUACCGAUCCCAGCUGCUCCAGAUACUUGACACACUGGUGUUCUCCAGCCUCCUGCUCUUUGGCUUUGCUGAGCAGAAGCAGCUCCUGGAGGUAGAACUCUACUCCGACUAUAGGGAGAAUUCGUAUGUGCCAACAACUGGAGCGGUUAUCGAGAUCCACAGCAAGCGCGUCCAGCUGUACGGAGCUUCCCUCCGCAUUCAUGCCCACUUCACUGGGCUCAGGUACCUGCUGUACAACUUCCCUAUGACCUGCGCCUUUGUGGGUGUCGCCAGCAACUUCACAUUCCUCAGCGUCAUCGUGCUCUUCAGCUAUAUGCAGUGGGUGUGGGGGGGCAUCUGGCCCCAACACCGCUUCUCUUUGCAGGUUAAUAUCCGACAAAGGGAUAGCUCGAGACACGGUGCCCAGCAUCGGAUCUCUCGCCAUCAGCCAGGCCAGGAGUCUACGAAGCAGUCAGACAUGACAGAGGAUGCUGAGAGCCCGGAAGAUCCUUCAGGAACAGAGGGCCAGCUGUCUGAGGAAGAGAAACCACCAGGGAAGCCCCUGAUUGGAGAGGCGGAGCAAGAGCGGGAGGCUAGUGAUGGUUCAGGCUCCUGGGAAGAUGCAGCUUUGCUAACAGAGGCCAACCUGCCUACUUCUGCCUCUAUCUCUGCCCUUGCCCCGGAGACGCUGGGUAGCCGUGAGCCUUCUCUGGGCACCAUCAGGCAGCGUCCAACAUGCUCCAGUUCCUGAACAGAAGAUUCCUUACAUUCCAGCACUUUCCCAUCUGACCCUUCUCCCUUUGUUGUUCCCUUUAAUAAACUAUUUUGUGCCAGG